AUGUUGAAACGAAUUUACGGCUUCAAAAACCGCCUCAAAGUAAAUUCCUGGCGCUUGCACGACUACGGGGACAUCGAAAAUCUCCAAUUAAAUGAAUCCAGGAUCCCCAUCGUAGAACAUCCGGACGAUGUCUUGGUGCAGGUCAAAGCCGCCUCGGUGAAUCCGAUAGAUGCGCUUAUGCUCUCAGGAUAUGGCCGUACGUUGUUCCGCAUACCCAGACUCUGCGAAAUGGAGUUGCCAUUGACCCUAGGCAGGGAUUUUUCUGGUAUAGUGAUAGAAAAAGGCUUAAAUGUCGGAAAUAAAUAUCAAAUAGGCGAUGAAGUGUACGGUUUUAUUCCUAUACACAAACAAGGCGCCUUCUCGCAAGCCAUCAUAGCCAAUUCAUCGCAUAUUUUGCCGAAACCGAGUAAUUUGAGCCACACCGAAAGCGCCUCUUUGGUUUACGCAGCCAUGACAGCCUGGAGUGCUCUGUACCUCUUCGGAACUUUGUGUUUGAGGAAUAAAAAAGGCCUUCGGGUGUUGAUUUUAGGUGGCUCCGGAGGCGUGGGGACUGUUGCCAUUCAGUUAUUAAAAUCCCAAGGGUGCUCCGUGUUUGUUACGUGUGCAAAAGAUGCCGCUCCGCUUGUCUCCGAUUUGGGGGCUGAUUGUGUGUUUGAUUAUAAAGAUGAGGAUUUCGAGAAGCAGGUGGAAUCACAAGGAAAGUACCACAUUAUACUAGAUGGCGCUAAAACAGGCAUUCGAAACAUCCCGAAGACUUGGAAAUUCGACUCUUACAUAACCCUAAAUUCCCCUUUGUUACUAAACGCGGAUAAUCACGGAUUAUUCGAAGGGUUUUUGAGAAGUUCCUGCGACUUGUUGGGCUCAAACUUGGAUAGAUUACAAACGGGCAGUACCGUUAAAUGGGGAUUCUUCGUACCUUCUGCGGAGGGUUUUAAGUUCAUAAAUGAACUUAUAGUUAACCAGAAGAUUCGGCCGGUGGUGCAGCAUAAGUUCCAAUUCGAAGAUUUACCGAAAGCUUUUCGAACGUUGAAGGACGGCCAUCUUAGGGGAAAAAUCGUUAUUAAUUACGAUUAA